AAUGACCUCCGCGCGACUUUUAGCUCAUUGUCCAUUGUCUGACGGCGAUAUUUCUCAACGUAUCAGCGCCAUCUUGUUUUUGUUAGCAAAGCUUUGAAGCUUUUUCACCCGGUUACGUAAGAACUAAGAAUGCUUAGUAAUAUUGAAAAAAAACGUUAACAAGCAGUUUUAAAAAAGCAAAGGAAUGAAGUAUGAAGAUCCAUGUAGUGUGGUAGAUUUACCACAAGUUAAAAACGGAUAUUGCAAAGCACGAAAUGAGGUUAGUUGAAAAUCUCAAUUUCGCCAUAUAACGUUAUAUGUAGCAUUAUUCAUAGGUUAGGUCAGGUUAGUCGUUCAUUGUUUCUAUAUUUCAUAUUCUUAUAUAACAGCAAAGAAAACUCGUAAUACAAAUAAGGAGAAGGUCUAGACAGGAUGACGAUGCUCGUCGAAUGUCUAGAUAAAGAUCUUCAAUUAAACAUUACAUUUUACAACUCCAUAGCAAGAACACAGCAAAGAUAAUUAUCGAAUAAUUUGACAAUGUGGUCUAAUUUAUUUUAUCAGUUUGUUCAACAAAAGAUAGCAUACCAAGACAAUCUAUCGUUUCUGUAUCGAUAUUGAUAUCGCGAUAUGGAUAGUAUGUGAUGCGAAGGUAACUUAAUGAACGUGAAAUAAUAAUUCCAGAAAUAAUUGCUUAUACAAUUACUGCAAGACCGUAUCCAAAUGUUGAAUUCCAAAACUUCGGCGGAGUUUUUUUUAAUGCAGGGAUACAUUCAGUAUCCAUGUGACUGAAAUCUAGACACAUUCAAUCGCAAAUGGUUAUCAAUCGGCUUUUUUUAUCAGCUUGUAAGAAGGUAUAACAUCUUACGGGUAGACGAAUCUAAAAAUACUUUCCAGACAUUAUUGGACACUAGGAGCCCUUCAACGAUUAUCUAAUCGUCUUACCUUUUUCUCAUAUUUCUCAAAUAUGGGGUGAGCUUACACUUUUCGCCGACUCAUUUAUAAUUUCUUUUUUUUUUUGGGCAACUCCAUCCAGUGGCUCAAAGAUGAUAAGCUGACGAGUUCACGAAUAGCGCAAGAUUAGGUGGCGGCUAAUUGCAUUGAUUAACCCCUAAUGAACACCUGCAUCGGCACGUAUUUGUAUGGUGGGACUGGUAUCUAUCUAAAAUGCGUUUGGGAGGGUUAGUUGUAAAGAUGUCUGGAUGCUCACUGAAAGGCUCGUGUUAUUAUGGUUCUUGUGCAUAAGAAAUGCGUGAUAAAGGCUUGUUUACAUGUGCCAUUGUGUAUGGAUGAAGAACACUAGAUGUAGAAGACUUUAUCAGCUUGAUCUGUAUCAGGUUGCACCACAUGCCCGGUAGGGAUGGCCUUUUAUCAACAAUCCUAACUUUUGGGGAGGUAUUAGUGAGACUGGUACACGAUAAGCCAACGGUUCCACUUCCUUGGUUUGUAUAAAAAUCCGCGAUCAUUCCUCAACGGAAGACAAUUGCCAUUUCGAUAGGAAACGAAACGCGUUUGCACACAAAAAUGUAUCGCAAAGCAGCUGCACUAAUUCUUGGCCUGCUGGCCGUAGCCGUCAGUGGUGAUCUGGCCACCUCGGACCCGCUUUACCAGCAGUGGAAGGGACGUAUCGUUGGUGGAACUUACGCACGGGAUGGAGACUUCCCAUAUCAGGCAUCGUUCCGUACUGCUGACGGUACGCACAUCUGCGGUGGUGCCGUGUUGAAUCAACAGUGGGUCAUUACGGCGGGCUCGUGUAUGGCUGGCCGUGCGACGACGGAUACCCGCGUGGUAGUGGGUGCCUAUCGAUUGAGUCAGGGAGGCUUCAAUCUCGGCCUGCAACGCAUCGUCAUCCAUCCUAACUUUGCUUCGGAAACGUUGGCCAACGAUGUUGCAGUGGUUCGCGUGUCCUCGCCGAUAGUGCUAAGUGACGCUGUUCAGGGCGUGCAGCUUGGUUCUUAUAAUGUUAAUGUGGCAUAUGGAGCCCUCGUAUCUGGUUGGGGCCGUCUUGAGUUCUCCAACCCUCAGUUCCCGGAUAACCUGCAGUACAUUGCGGUGAACAUUAUAUCCCAGCUGGAAUGCCGUGCUCGGUUCGCUGCUCCGUAUGAUGCGCGUAUCUACGAUUCGACUCUGUGCAGUAGCAGUCCUGUUGGUCAGGGAACUUGUCUCGGUGAUGCGGGUAGCCCGCUGGUGCACGGUGCCGAGCUUCAUGGCAUCGUUUCGUGGGGUAUUCCAUGCGGUGAAGGAUAUCCGGAUGUCUACGCUCGUAUCUCAUCCCACCGCGGCUGGAUUCUUGCGCACACUCUCAUUUAAGGCGCAGUUGUAAGUUAUUGUUAAGCAAAUGGAGGUGUAAAAAUUAUGAAAACAAAUUAUUAAAAUUUAAACCCUUGUUUGCGC